AUGAAUUCACCCCUUAAACAAAAUGGAAUUCGUGAAUUUAUCAAGCAACAUUGCAUUGAUAUUAUGGGUAUUUUGGAAACAAAGUUGGGGUAUCGAAAAUUGAUGAGAAUUUUGAGGAAUAAGUUCGAUGGCUUCAUGCAUGUCAACAAUUUUGGAACUCAUAGAGCUGGAGGGAUCUUGAUUUUGUGGAAUCCAUCCAAAGUAUUUUUGGAUGUGAUGGAGGUUCAUCAACAAAUCAUUCAUUGUAAAGCUUUACAAGAUAACAUCUUAUACCUUUCUUGUUAUUUUUGUUUAUUAUUUCAUACUGUGGUUAACCGGAUGCCACUUUGGAAUAACAUUAUGGAGUUCAACACUAAUUUCUCAUCACCGUGGUUGAUUCUUGGUGACUACAACAAUGUUCAUAAAUUUGAUGAAAAACGUAAUGAGGUGGAUGUUACCUCUUAUGAAAUCAAGGAUCUUACAAAUUGUUACCUUCAUGUGGGUCUAAUGGAUGUGCGGUCUAUUGGUUGUUAUUACACAUGGACUAAUGGUUCGAUUUGGAGAAAAAUCGAUAGGGCAAUGAUCAAUGAUAUUUGGGUGCAAAAUGGGGUAUAUGUUGUUGCAAAUUUUCUAGCCUCCAGUUGUCUUUCCGAUCAUUCCCCUUGCAUUGUUUCCGUCCAUGACCGUGUUUGGGGUGGAAAAAACCUUUCAACUUGUUGGAAUUUUAAUGUGCGGGGGACAAAGCAAUUUAUACUUUGCAAGAAAUUGAGCAAACUAAAGGGAGCUUUGAAGGAGCUUAAUAAUAAGUAUUUUGAGCACAUUUUGACUGGGGCAAAUGAGGCUAAAAUUGAAUUGGAGGCUACCCAAUUACAAUUACAUAAUCAGCCCAAGAACGUGAAUUUUCAACUUUUGGUUGCAAAGUUGAGAAAGAAGGCCGUUGGUUUAUGUGAAGCGGAGCGGAGUUUUUAUUAUCAAAAGGCUGUUCCGUCGAUUGAAAACAACAUUAUUUGCAAUGGGCCUUUGGUAUCUUUGGAACAAAGCAAUGCAUUGGUUUGGGACAUUUCUUUUGAGGAGAUCAAAGAGGCUCUUUUUGGGAUUGGAGAUAAUAAAUCUCUCGGAUCGGUUGGGUACACUUCAUGUUUUUUCAAAAGUACAUGGGGGUGUAUUGAACAUGAUUUUGUGGAGGCUAUUAUGAAAUUCUUUUCAUUGGGAUCCAUUCCUAAGCAAAUCAAUCAUGCGGUCAUUGCUUUGGUGCCAAAAUCUACUCAUGCACCUAGUGUUGAGGAUUAUAGAUCGAUAUCUUGUUGUAAUGUGAUCUAUAAAGUGAUCACAAAAAUCCUUGCAUCUCGAUUGAGGCCUAUCUUGGGAGACAUUGUGGACCAAGCACAAGCCGCUUUCAUUGAAGGUAGGAACAUGACGGAAAAUAUUCAUCUUACUCAAGAACUCAUGAGACAAUACAAUAGAAAGAGGGUAGUUCCAAUGCCUCCUUAA